AUGCGAACACCGAGACGUCGUCCCGAUAGAUCAGCUUCCAAUGUUCAAGCUGUUCAAGUGUUUUGUCGUAUCAAACCAAAUGAUACGGACGCUCCAUCUUGUGUAGAAAUAGUUAAUGGAACUACACUCAAAAUAGUAGGCUCAAGAGCCGGAGUGUUGAAAGAGGUAGUAAAACCUGACGGGCUUAAUGGUUUUGAUAUCCAAUCCGAGUCGGAUGCCAUUAUGGAUCGCCAUCGUAUAGAUUAUCAACAGCGAUUGAAAUUACCGAGAGGCAACAAUCUAACCGAUGUGAACGGCAGGGAGUGCACUUCGCUUACCGUAGAUGUGCUCCCAAAGGCUCUAUAUGCUGUCUUCAUUUCCCUCGUUGAAAUAUACAAUAAUAAUGUCUUCGAUCUGCUUUCGGAAUCCACAGAUGCGCCUGGAAAGACAAUGACGAGUCAUGUUUUGCGAGAAGAUGCUCAGAGGAACGUCUACGUUUCUGGUUGCGCAGAAAUCGAAGUAAAGUCUACAGAAGACGCGCUGCGAAUUUUUGCUACAGGGCUAAAGCGCCGACGUGUUGGUUUGACCGCAUUGAACCCAGAGUCAAGCCGAAGUCAUUGCGUUUUCACGAUCCGUUUGGUGCGCACCGGUUUUGACGAGAGGUACAAUGAGGCGAUUGAGGACAAGAGUCUGCUCACUGUUAGUCAACUUUGCCUUGUCGAUCUGGCCGGUUCCGAACGAGCAAGCCGUGCUGGAACUCAUGGUGAACGUCUCAAGGAAGCCUCUAGCAUAAACAACUGUCUGAUGAAUCUUCGAAAGUGUCUGCAGGUUUUACGUGAAAUACAGUCUGCCCAAGGUCCACUGGGUGCUGCCACACCUGGCGGGACAACACGUGUGGUCCCUUAUCGCGACAGACGUCUCACCCAUCUAUUCAAAAACUACUUCGAGGGAAACGGUCGUGUGGUCAUACUCGUGUGCAUUCGGCAGUCACUUGAUGACUAUGAUGAGACGAUGAACGUGCUGAAAUUCGCAGAAACAAGUCAGGAAGUGGCCACUUUUCGUACCCCCUCCCGUCCCCCUCUUCGUUCCCCUGCACCUUCCCAUCUGCGGCCGCAUUACAUGCUUCCCAUACGUGACUCCGAUCGCUCCACUGAGUCCAGAGAUACAACCAUGUCUUCCACGACCGGUGAACAAACGAAGUCCGUGUUACUGGAGCUUAGCAAUUACGAUGCAGAAAUCGAUCGUUACCUUUCUCGGUUUCUUGAUGAGAUUAAAUCCCAGGAGUUGGGACAGGAUCGACUUGCGAGUGAACCUGGAAACGACGAAAAUUGUCUCUCGGAUGAAAGCACACAAGAUUCAGCUCCCGAGCAAGACAGAUACAUUGGUGGAGUGCGUGGGAAAAAUUUUGUCUUGCGGAAAGUUGAUACGGAACCUCUUCGUGCUCUGCUCACUCAACGAAUGGAGACCAGAAAACGAGCCUUUAGUGCAUUGGAGUGUGAGAUGGCCACCUUCCGAAUUCAUCUGACCGAUGUCAUGAACACCGAUUCGCCACAAAUUACUCCAAAUCACUCUACUUGCGAUUUUUCAGACCGCUCAAAACUGGAAGCCCACAUACGUUGGCUCGAGGGCCAAAUUGUUGAGAAUGCUGAAUCAGCCAGCCGAGAGCUGGAUAACCAGAUGCGCCAAAUGGCGGAGUACCGAUCGGAGAUCGAAUCACUUAGAGCCGAACUAGCCAAUUCGAAGAAAGCUCGUUCAUCUGGCGUCCACGAUGACCAACGCGAGGGGCGCCUCAGGCCUUCUGUCUCCCAGUCUAACAUCGUCAGCAUUUUAUCCCGUCAAUGGGAACGUCGGUUGGCUGAGCAAAAGAAUGCGGUGCAAGUGGAUAAAGUUGGAACUCGUCGUCGUCAGGCAGUAGACACUGCCACAAAUUCCUAUGACAAACGUGUAGCUGCGUUUAACCCUAGGCACCGCAGGUCCCGCUCCAUUGGCGGCGAAAACGGUCGCUGGUUGGAACAUCAAGAGACCACAUCAGUUCCUUUGGGGACGGUGUUCACCCCAAAUCUAAGAAACCGCAAGUCUGUCACACAAGUGGAGCUGAAAGAUACGCUGAAAUCCUCAAAUUAUCUACUGCAUCACCAAGAAGCCACUCCGGAUGGAAAUGUGAACACCAAACUGUACAAGGGUUCGAUCAUCCCGACUGCAGGUGGGGGCUCCGCAGUCAUCUUAAAUGAUGUGGAGGAGUUGCGACAGACAUCACCUCUCUCAGCCAAACGCCCCUCUCGUUGCGAGGAUUCGACACCGUUUUCGAAAAGUGCUUCUCCAGACCUCAAGGACCAGUACGGCCGAAAACGAAUGAAACGAACAGGUUCCUCAUCCAACAAUCUUGAGACCAGGCGAUCUUCCACCAGUGCAGACAUCUCUGAAGAAUCGAUAAAGACCACUGGGUCAUCAAAUUACCAACCGAUUACCCCCUUACUGCCACCCCCCAUGAUGCCGAACCAUUUGGGCAGCGAAGUUCUCCGAGCAAGAUGUCGCGUGGGCAUAUCCAGCUCUGGGGGUAUGGGCACCUCACGAGCUAUGUACAGCUAG